GCAGUAGGAAUGAGCGGUGCAGCGACGGCUCUCGGGACGCCGGAGAAGAUCUAGGCUGUGAGGAUCGCGCGGUGGGAAGGCGGGGCGGUAGCGCCGCGGGGCAGACGAGGGGCGUGGGAGAGCGGGCAGGGACCGGCUCGUGGGACCGCUUUCCCGCGAGCGAGCGCCCAGCGCAGACCUGGGGAAGCGGAGGGGCAGGCUCGGGCAGCUCCCCAGCGGCUCCCGCGGUGAUAAAACUUGAGAAAUAACAAGGAGGGGCGGCUCGGCGUCUGCUGGGUCCAAUCCCGUCUCUCAAGCGAACACGCUCCCAGGCAGGCAAGCUUGAGAGAGGCCAAGGCGACUUAAACACUUGCAGCAGCGAGAAGCUCACCUCCCGCGCCGCCGCAUCUCCGCGGGGUUUCGCAUCUCCGCAUCCCGUCCCGCGCCCCGAUGGCCGCCGCGGGGCCCCUGAGUUCCCUGCGCGGAGCCCCCUGCAGGCUGCUGCUGACGCUCCUGGUCUUCAGUUUUGCUUGUGAAGCCUGCAAAAAGGUGGUAUUUAAUAUGCCUUCUAAACUAGAGGCAGACAAAAUGGUCGGCAGAGUUAAUUUGAAAGAGUGCCUCAGGUCAGCAGAUCUCAUCCAGUCAAGCGACCCUGAUUUCAGAGUUCUAGAUGAUGGGUCAGUGUACACAGCCAGCACUAUUGUGUUGUCUGAUGAGAAAAGAUCAUUCACCAUAUGGCUUUCUGACAUGAAGAAACAGAUCCAAAAAGAGAUUACAGUGCUCCUGGAACAUCCGACGAAGGUACUGAGUAAAAGACACACUAAAGAAACUGUUCUCAGGCGUUCCAAGAGGAGAUGGGCACCUAUUCCCUGUUCAAUGCAAGAGAAUUCCUUGGGCCCUUUCCCUUUGUUUCUUCAACAAGUUCAAUCGGAUGCAGCACAGAACUAUACGGUCUUCUAUUCAAUAAGUGGGCGUGGAGUUGACCAAGAACCUUUAAAUUUGUUUUUCAUUGAAAAAAACACGGGAAAUCUGUAUUGUACUCGGCCUGUGGAUCGUGAAGAAUAUGAUAUUUUUGAUUUGAUUGCUUAUGCGUCAACUGCUGAUGGAUAUUCAGCAGACCUACCCCUUCCGCUACCCAUCAGAGUGGAGGAUGAAAAUGACAACCCCCCUAUUUUCACAGAACAAAGUUAUAAUUUUGAAGUUUCAGAAAGUAGUAGACUUGGUGUUCCAGUGGGAGUGGUUUGCGCCACGGACAGAGAUGAACCAGAUACGAUGCAUACACGCCUGAAGUACAGCAUUUUGGAGCAGACACCAAGAUCACCUGGACUCUUUUCCGUGCAUCCCAGCACAGGAGUUAUCACCAUAGUCUCUCACUAUUUGGACAGAGAGGUUGUAGACAAGUACAAAUUGAUAAUGAAAGUACAAGACAUGGAUGGUCAAUUUUUUGGAUUGACGGGUACGUCAACUUGCUUUAUAACAGUACAAGAUUCAAAUGACCAUGCACCUUCUUUCAGAAAAAAUGCUUAUGAAGUGUCAGUAGAGGAAAAUGCAUUCAAUGUGGAAAUCUUACGAAUACCUAUUGAAGAUAAAGACUUAAUUAAUACUGCCAAUUGGAGAGCUAAUUUUACCAUUUUAAAAGGCAAUGAAAAUGGACAUUUCAAAAUCAGUACAGACAAAAAAACAAAUGAAGGCAUUCUAUGUGUUGUAAAGCCACUGAAUUAUGAAGAAAAUCGUCAAGUGGUCCUGGAAAUUGGAGUAAGCAAUGAAGCUCCAUUUUCCACAGAUGUUCCAUUCAGAGUGACAUCUAUGAACAGCGCUUUGGUCACAGUUCUUGUGAAGGAUCAGGAUGAAGGGCCUGAAUGCAACCCUACAGCCCAAUAUGUAUGGAUUAAAGAAAAUUCAGCAGUGGGGUCAAAGAUCAACGGCUAUAAAGCCUAUGACCCGGAAACUAAAAGUAGCAAGGGUUUAAGGUACAAAAAAUUGUAUGAUCCUGAAGGGUGGAUCACCAUUGACGAAAAUUCAGGGUCAAUCAAAACUUCCAAAAUUCUGGACAGGGAGGCCGCAACUCCCAGAAAUAAUAAUAUUACAGUCCUGGCAAUGGACCAAGAUGGUAGAUCAUGCACUGGAACACUUGUAAUUAACAUUGAAGAUGUGAAUGAUAACGCACCAGAAAUACUCCAGGAUUAUCUAGUAAUCUGCAAACCAAAGAUGGAGUAUACUGACAUUUCAGCUGUUGACCAUGAUGACCUUAUCCAUGGUGCACCAUUCUAUUUCAGCAUGCCAAACACUUCUCCAGAAAUCAACAGAAUAUGGACCCUCUCCAAAGUUAACGAUACAGCCGCCCGUCUUUCAUAUCGGAAAAACGCUCAGUUUCAAGAAUAUAAAAUUCCGAUUACUGUAAAAGAUAGAGAAGGUCAAUCUGUAACAAAAGCCUUGAGAGUUAAUCUGUGUGACUGCACUCAUCCAAGCCAAUGUGUGGCGACUUCAAGGAGUGCAGGAGGAAUAUCCCUUGGAAAGUGGGCGAUCCUUGCGAUACUACUGGGUGUAGCAUUACUUUCUUCUGUUCUGCUAACUUUAGUAUGUGGAGUUGUUGGUGCCAGAAAAAAAAAAGGUGUUCCUGAAGAUUUAGCACAGCAAAAUUUAAUUAUAUCAAACACAGAAGCACCUGGAGAUGAUAAGGUGUGUUCUGCCAAUGGGUUUAUGACCCAGACAAUCAACCACUCUGGCCAAGGUAUUUGUGGCACUAUGGGAUCAGGAAUCAAAAAUGGAGGGCAAGAAACUAUUGAAAUGAUGAAAGGAGGACACCAGACCUUGGAAUCAUGUCGAGGGCAUCAUCACACUCACACCCUGGAUUCCUGCCGGGGAGGACACAUGGAGAUGGACAACUCCAGAUACAAUUGCUCAGACUGGCAUAGUUUCACACAGCCCCGUCUUCAUGAAAAAUUGGAUCUGUGUAAUCAGAAUGAAGACCACGUCCCAUCUCAAGAUUAUGUCCUUACGUAUAACUAUGAAGGAAGAGGAUCCCCAGUUGGUUCUGUAGGUUGUUGCAGUGAAAAACAGGAAGAAGAUGGUCUUGACUUUUUAAAUAAUUUGGAAGCUAAAUUUACUGCAUUAGCAAAAACAUGCACAAAGAGAUAAUGCUACAAUGCUACAAUUAGACAUGCUUUUGUCAGAUAUUCUGGAAGUUUCCAAAAGGAAUACUGUAAAAUUAAAUUUCAAUUUCUAAAUAUAUAUAUAUAUGAAUAUA